CUCUCUUCUCUCUCUUCCUCUCUUCACUCCAUUGUUAGCUACUAGAUCCAAAGAGCCGGCCGGCGACGGAACUGGGCCGAGACGGUGAUUGCUUUAGUUCCAAUUUCUUUGUAAUUCUCAAUCCCAAUUUCUCGGCCACUCUUUAAUUUUCGCGAACAUGGUCAGUAAAGCAGAGGAGGCCGAGUUGAAUAGACUCGAAACUCAGGUCGAUAAUGGUGGUGGAGGUGCUUGGGACUAUCUUUGCCUCAUCAGGAAGCUCAAGGUUCGCCGUUCCCAUAAGGUCUUAAACUAUGGAUUGUCGAUCUUGAAUGAUUCCAGAAAGCGAUCCGGUCUCGGCCAAGAGGAGUGGACCCUGUACGAACAGGUAGCUAUUGCAGCACUGGACUGCCAAGCCAUAGAUGUUGCAAAGGAUUGCAUAAAGGUUCUCCAGAAGAAAUUUCCACAAAGUAAAAGAGUUGGGAGGCUAGAGGCUAUGUUGCUUGAAGCAAAGGGAUUGUGGGCUGAGGCAGAAAAAGCUUAUGCUAGUCUUCUAGAAGAAAAUCCAUGUGAUCAAAUAGUACAUAAAAGAAGGGUUGCUCUGGCUAAAGCACAAGGCAACAUUGCUGGGGCUAUUGAAUGGCUUAACAAAUAUCUUGAAACAUUUAUGGCUGAUCAUGAUGCUUGGAGAGAACUGGCUGAACUAUAUAUCUCUCUCCAAAUGUACAAGCAAGCAGUUUUUUGCUACGAGGAGCUGAUACUAUCCCAACCCACAGUUCCUCUGUUUCACUUAGCUUAUGCAGAUGUACUUUACACAUUAGGUGGCCUAGAAAACCUUCAGACAGCAAAGAAAUACUACGCAUCUACUAUAGACUUGACUGGGGGCAAGAAUACCAGAGCUCUGUUUGGCAUUUGCUUGUGUACAUCUGCCAUUGCGCAAUUGACAAGAGGUCGAAACAAGGAAGACAAGGAGGGUCCAGCAGAGCUGCAGUCUUUAGCAGCAACAGCCUUGGAAAAAGAUUACAAGCAAAGAGCUCCACACAAGCUUUCUCUACUUUCUUCUGUAUUGAAAGGCUUGAAGGUCUCCCCUUAACUUUUGUUUUUCCUCUUUUGGACUCAGCCUCUCUCUUUCUCUAGGAUUAAGUGGUGGUUGGCAGGAGGCUAAAUUAGUCAUUUAGCAACUGGUAGAAUUCAUUUCCUUUGUGAUUUUUCCCUAAGAAGAAAUUUUAUUUUUUUCUGUUUCCAUAAAGUCUUAAUUAUGAGAAAUGGUGUAUUUUUUUUAGCCUUAUUCAAGGAUGACAUGACACAGCUACAAAUAGAUAUAACAAAAUAUCUCAUUCUUCUUUCA